AUGACCACUAUCUCGAAGGUUCGAAGGCUGUCAUUAUUCAGCCAUCGUCGAGACGAUUCUUACCUUCUAUGGAAAGCUACACAUGUCCAGAUUGAGAGAUAUAAGCAGCCUAGAUGUACAGAUAGUUUAGGAGAUCAGACCCCAGCAGAACGCAGGGGUCGGGGAAGGAACACCCAAGCGGAGUCUCUUCAGAUUCCAGUGGUUGAAUUUCCCUCUCUAGAAGGUGGCAAACGGAUCACAAACCAGAUGAUCGCAGGCCUCAUCGGCAGCUUGAAGGAAGUCAUUACCCAGCAAACCAGCACCAUCCAGUCCGCCCGAGCAGAAAUCCGAGAGAUCAAAUCAGAGCAACAAGCUCUCAAGGAACAGAACACUCAACUGCAGGACGAAGUCCAGGCACUCCGCGAGCAGAUAAAAACCCAGGCAGUCAACCCACACCCAAGGCUAUGGUCUGAAGUCACCGCAGGAAACACCCCACCGCACACUAAAAUCAUAACCCCACAACCCCGGAGAGGGACCAACUGCGUUCUAAUCACUACCGUACGACCAGAAGGUAGUGAUGACAGUGAUAACAACGACAGAAGAAGCUUCACCCGAUUCCUACCCAUAGUCACUGCCAAUCAACACAUCAGAACUGCCCUAUCAAAGACAGACCUCGCCAAGGACGCCCAGGUAGCUGGCGUCGGUACAACAAAGACUGGAUAUGUAAUCCGAUUUCAAGAUGCUCAGUCAGCUGAGACAGCGCGGAGCAAUACCGCUUGGCUGGAGGAGCUCGGAAGUGAUACCAAGCUGGUGAAACCCCGAUUCGGUAUCGUGGUGCAUCGAGUACCGACAGAGGACUUUAACCUGGACAGAGAAAAGACGCAAGGAAUCCGGAAGAUCCUAGAGGAGAAUGACACCUCUUAA